AGAGAGAGAGAAACGUACACAUACACAUCCACACGGAGGAGGACACCGCAAAGCCUCGGAAAGAAGCGGCCAUUACGGCUGGGAAGCAUGCUGGGAGCUCGGGCGGCUCGCCUCGGAUCCAUAGGACGCCGACACAGCCUGGGAUAGGACGCCCGAGGAGUCCGGAUACGGUUUCGCCUGGAGCUCCGCCGAUUUGGGGACGGAAACAGACACACUGCCCGCCUCUUCGGACACUCAUCUGGGGUGUGUAGGAUAUACUCCCUCUCUCAUAUACACAGACAGGAGCAGAAAAAGCAGCAGUCGCCGGGUGGAAGCCGAUACCCAAGGAGGAACUGGUCGGAGACAACACACCGAGCGAUGCGACUGUGUGUCCCCGCACACAUACACACACAACCCGCGGUAAUGGAUAGAUAGCGUUUAUGUAACCUUCGCGUCUUUAAUGUCCUACAUUUUCGUCAAAACGCACUCACUUCAAGCUUUUGUUGUCCCCUUUAUUGCUUCAAGUAUCCCUGAGGAUUAUCUAACCCUGCUUGGAAGUGAGCCGCUUGGCUUUUAGUGUGCGUCAAUGCAUCAAAUUUACUAGUUUUCACACGGGGAGGUGCUGAAUUGGACGCCGAGGAGAGGAAGGAGCCAGAGCUGGGGCUUGACGCGCAGUUGAGGACCGGGUCACUGCGGUAGUCUGCAGGCCGACCCCUCUCUACGCGCGAGCCGGCUUGUGGAGCCACCAUGGCCGGGUUCAUACCGGGUCUGCUGCCGACAAAUCACUCGCAGGAGAAGGAGUUCGCUCAGGCGUACGAGGAUGUGCUGGAGAGAUAUAAAGAUGAGCGGGACAGGGUGCAGAAGAAAACCUUCACAAAAUGGGUCAACAAGCAUCUCAUCAAGGUGAGGAAACACAUCACAGACCUAUACGAGGACCUGAGGGAUGGACACAACCUCAUUUCCUUGCUGGAGGUCCUCUCUGGAGUCACCCUGCCCAGAGAAAAGGGGCGAAUGAGAUUUCAUCGACUACAGAAUGUCCAAAUAGCGCUGGACUUCCUCAAACAGAGACAGGUCAAACUUGUGAACAUCAGGAAUGAUGACAUCACCGACGGAAACCCCAAGCUGACGUUAGGUCUCAUCUGGACCAUCAUCCUUCACUUCCAGAUUUCAGAGAUCUAUGUGAGCGGCGAGUCCGGCGACCUCACAGCCAAAGAGAAGCUGUUAAUAUGGAGCCAGCAGGCGACAGAAGGCUACCCCGGCCUCCGCUGUGUCAACUUCACUUCCUCCUGGAGCGACGGACGCAUGUUCAACGCUCUGCUGCACAGAUACAGGCCAGACCUGAUCGACAUGGAGGUGGUGUCGCGGCAGAGCAACCGCGAAAACCUCGAGCAGGCCUUCGAGAUCGCCGAGUCGCUAGGGGUGACCAGACUGCUGGACGCUGAGGACGUUGAUGUUCCAUCUCCAGAUGAGAAGUCGGUCAUCACCUACGUCUCCUCCAUCUAUGAUGCCUUCCCCAAAAUCCCUGAGGGAGGAGAGGGCAUCGCCGCACAGGAGGUGGACCAGCGCUGGUCAGAGUACCAGUCCAGGUUCUCCUCUCUGCUCCAGUGGAGCCGCCAGCAUACGGCCCUCAUGGCCAACAAGAACUUUCCACAAAAUCCUGUGGAACUCAAGGCACUUUACAACGAGUACGUCCAUUUCAAAGAGACGGAGAUCCCCGCAAAGGAGAUCGAGAAAGGUCACAUCGAACACCUCUACAAACUGCUGGAGGUGUGGAUAGAGUUCGGUCGUAUUAAGCUUCCUCAGGGCCUCCAUCCCAAUGACCUCGAGGAGGAGUGGGGCAAACUUAUCCUGGAGAUGCUGGAUAGAGAGAAGGCUCUACGGCCGGCUGUGGAGAGGCUAGAUCUGCUGCUUCAGAGGGCCAAUAAGAUCCAGAACAUGGCUUUGGACUGUGAGGAGAAACUCACCCUCGCUAAGAACACGCUUCAGGCUGACAUGUCUCGAGUGGAGAGCGGCGAGGCGGUGCAGUGUGAGAGAGAGCUGGCCUGCUACCUGCAGGACUGCGAGUCUCUCAUCAGACAACUCAACCAGGAGCUGAAAGUCCUCCGAGACGAGAAAUAUUACCAGGUGGAGCAGCUGGUGUUCAGAGCGUCCUGCCUUCAGGAGGAGCUGGUCUCCCUCAGACUGCAGUGCUCCAGCGUCUACAGGAAAGGCAACUUCUCUCAGGCCCUGGGCACCAUCGGGGCAGAGCACCCGAGCCACAGAGCCACAGACAGCGGCCUGACGCUGGGACAGACACUGCUGGGAGCUGUGGGGGCUGUGGGAGCAGUUGGUGCCGCGCUCUUGCGGCGACCCACGGCUCGCUCCCAGCUGGUGGCCAUGUCGUCAUCAGAGGACGAAGGAAGCCUGAGGUUCAUCUACGAGCUGCUCGGAUGGGUGGAGGAGACACAGGAGCUCCUGGAGCGAGCUGAAUGGGGUGCAGACCUUCCCUCCGUAGAAAACAACCUCCAAGAGCACAACAGCAUCCACACUGCAGUCGAAGAGCUAAUGAGCGGCCUCCAGGAGGCACGCAGCUACGAGGCUAAAGUGUCUCCAAACUUCAAGAGCAGUUACUCUGAAACCCUGGCCAAGCUGGAGCACCAAUACUGCAAACUACUGGAACAUUCGUCAUGGCGCCUGCGGAGCUUGGAGAGCCUGCACGCAUUUGUGUCGCACUGCACUGAGGAGCUGAUCUGGCUCAACGAGAGGGAGGAGGAGGAGAUUGCCUACGACUGGAGCGACAACAACACCAACAUGAACGCCAAGAGAGAAUUAUACAGCGAAAUGAGGUUAGAGCUGGAUGAAAAACAAGCCGUGAUGCGGUCGCUCCAGGAAACAGCCAACCGUCUGUGUCUCGAGAACCAUCCCGCUAAACAGACUGUGGAGGCUUACAGUGCCGCCCUGCAGACUCAGUGGCAGUGGGUGAACCAGCUGUGUGUGUGUGUGGAGCAGCAUCUCAAAGAUAACACGGCAUACUUCCAGUUUAUGAGCGAUGCUCGGGACUGUGAGUCGUACCUGCGCCAGCUCCAGGAGACCAUCAAGAGACAGUACACCUGUGACAAGAACAGCAGACUGAGCAAACUGGAAGACCUGCUGCAGGACUCGAUGGAGGAGAAGGAGCAGCUGAUUGAGUACCGCAGCACGGUGGCGAGCCUGGUGGGCCGGGCCAAGACGGUGGUGCAGCUCCGCCCUCGCAACGCAGAGAGCACCCUGGGAGCUACGACACCCAUCAGAGCCAUCUGUGACUACAGACAGAUAGAGACAAACGUCCAGAUCACAAUAAGCCGAGGUGAGGAGUGUGUGCUGGAGGACAACUCUCAGAGGACCAAGUGGAAGGUGAUCAGUACGACCGGGAAUGAGGCCAUGGUCCCCUCGGUGUGUUUCACCGUCCCUCCUCCGAACCAGGAGGCCAUGGACACAGCCAGCAGGGCGGAGCAGCUGUACCAGAAGGUCAUGUCUCUAUGGCAUCAGCUGCACGUGAACAUGAAGAGUGUUGUGUCCUGGCACUACCUGCUCAAAGACAUCAGGACGGUCUCUGGAUGGGACCUGGACACUGUUCGCUGUCAGUCUCCGUCAGAGAGGCAGCAGGUUCUGGAUCACCUGGAGUCCCAGUUGACUGACUUCCUGUCUGACAGCAAAGAGAGCUCCUUCUUCACACCGGGUGAAAGACGGGAGCUGGAGAAGGACGUUCAGCAAGCCCAGCAGCACUGCCAAGACCUGCUGCUCAACAUGAAGACCGUGGAGAAGGACGAGUCGGUCUCUCGGUCGUACCUGUCGGAGCUGCAGAACAUCACCCUUCGUCUUAAUGACGCAGAGAAGAGACUGAUGAGGGGAAUCGAGACUCCGCUCUCCAGCCGGCGUUCAGGUGACAGUGCUGACAACACUGUCCCGAUAGCAGAGCAAGAGAAGCUGCAGUCGGAGUUGGACGCCCUGCGCUCCAGUUUGGGUGACGUUUCUCGGCGCUGUGUCACUUUCUUCGAGGAGAAGCCGUCAUCCUCCAGCGUUCCCGUCCUCCGGGCUGAACUCAAUCAGGCCGUGGAGAAGACAGACAAACUGCACAACCUCUCGUCCGUCUACUUAGAAAAGUUAAAAACAGUAGACAUCCUGAUGCGCAGCCUGGAUGAAGCGGAGAGCGUGGUCAGGAAAAACGAGAGCAGACUAAGUGAAGAGGACAUCGUUCCGGCCGACACGACAGCCAUUCAGAACCUCAGAGAUCAACUAGGGAAGUGGCAAACCGAGCUCAUCGAGCACGAGGGCAUCUUCCAGUCUCUGCAGUCGGAGGUUGGUAAAGCCAAAGAGGCGGGAUCUCAGCUCAGCAGGCUCCACCCAGAUCGCAGCCCCGAGCUGGAACGCUACCAGGAGAAAGCCAAUCAGAUGACAGAGAGGUGGACCGGAGUCAAGAGACAGAUGGAGACACGACGAACGGAACUGGAUGCUCUGGGCUCGGCCCUGCAGCAGUACAGAGACGGUCAUUCUGCUCUGAUCAAAUGGAUCGAAGAGACGACAGAAAGACAAGAAAACACACAACCAGGACAGACGGACAGCAAAGCGCUGUCUGAACAACUGGCCCAGCAGACGGCAUUAGUAGCUGAGAUUGAACAGAACCAGACCAAAUUAGACGAGUGCCAGACUCACUCCAAACAGUACUGCACCUCAGUGAAGGAUUACGAGCUGCAGCUGAUGACCUACAGAGCCUUUGUAGAAUCUACACACAAAUCACCAGUCAAGAGGAGGAGGAUGCACUCUUCGUCUGACGCCAUCACUCAGGAGUUUAUGGACUUGCGCACACGAUACACAGCCUUGGUUACUUUGACAACCCAACAUGUAAAAUACAUCAGUGAUGCUCUGAGAAGACUAGAAGAAGAAGAGAAAGAGGUGGAGGAAGAGAAGCAGGCCAGAGUGGGGCAGGUGUCAGACCUGCUGGGCUGGGUCAAAGGGCUCCAGGGACGGACUGGUGGCCCAAACGCUGAGUCUUCACUUGCUGCUCAACAGGCCAUCAGUGAACAGCUGGCAGCAAAGAAAGAUGAAGUGGCUGAAGCCAUCCGGAGCACUCAGGUCUUCCUGCUGUCAAAACAAGCCAGCAAAUUAUCCCCAGAAGAGCGUGCUCAUGUUGAGGCUCAGCUGGACCAGCUGACAGCCACCUACAAUCAGCUGUGUGACAGUUCCACCCAGCAGCUGCAGCAGCUGGAGCAGCAACUGGCCAAAGAGGAGGAGAGAAAGAACCAAAUUGCCAUUGCUGGAGUCAUUGAUCUGGGAACAGUGGAAACAUUCCCAGUAUUCCAAGCAGCCCAACGUGGUCUUAUUGACCAAGACACCUGCCAUGUGCUACUGGAGGUCCAGCUCAUUAUGGGUGGGCUCCUCCAGCCUGACUCCCCUGUCAAUCUUUCACUGGAACAAGGUCUAGCUCAAGGCCUGAUUGACAUCCAUACCAGACAGUCCCUUUCUGAGCUGGAGAGCGCCUUGCUUUUGGUGGAAAAUACUACAGAUGACCAACAACAAAAUGUGUUACCAGUAGCUAUGGCCAUGGAGUUUGGGCUCAUCAGAGAGGAGGUUGGACUUCGCAUUUUAGAGCUCCAGAUGAACACUGGAGGCCUGAGAAACUCAGCGGAAGAACUUAUGAGUUUGGAGCAAGCAGACGACAAGAAACUUUUGACUCCCAGAAUCAUCACCAAACUUCAGUCCAGGCAGCAACAUAGAGAGCUGAUUGAUCCAAACACAGCUGAAAAAUUAAACCUGUAUGAGCUGCAGCAGCGCUGUGUCCUCAACGAUGACUCAGGUCUCCUCUUACCGGUCAAACAGCAACCUGGAGGAACUGUCUGUCUGAAGUCUGGAAGAAAAGUUGGCAUCUUCCGUGCAGUCCAGGAAGGCCUGAUCGAUCGAAAAGUUACUGUACGACUUCUUGAAGCUCAGCUCUUUGCCGGUGGUAUUGCAGACCCACGUUCUGGCCACCGCCUGACAAUUGAUGAGGCUGUUCGUCACGGGCUCAUGGACCAGGAUCUGGCUUGUGCCAUGUUAGCACGACAGCUGCAAAAUGGGGGAAUUCUAGACCCUUUCAGCGGGGAACGCCUUGAUUUGGAAGAGAGCAUUUGCAGGGAUCUUCUAUCUCCACGUUUGGCUCUGUUGGUCCUUGAGUCCCUUUGGACUUUCAUGGGAAUAAUCUGGCCUGAAUCUGGAGAGGUCCUGCCAAUUGUUGAGGCUCUCCAGCAAGGAGUGAUCUCAGGAGAGCUAUCAAGGAACAUCUUAAGACAGCGACAUGCCGUUGGGGCUCUGUACAAUCCAGAAACUUUCCAAGUGCUUCCCUUGAACCAGGCUGCCGAAGUGGCCCUUGAUCCCAGUGUAGUCAGUCUUCUCAAGGACAUUCACAUCCCAGAUGUUCUCCCUAACAUGAACCAGUCAGGGACCCCAUCUCUAAACCGCUUGAGCUGGGGUUCCUCCAGCUCCUCUCCACCUCCAUCCUCUCCGCCGCCUUCAUCAUCUCCAUCAGGCCUUGUCUGGGACCCUACACCACAUGAAAUCAGUCCUGAAGAACAAGCAAAACACAAGCUGCUGUUUCACCUCAUGACUCACAGCUAUGUGGAUGCUCAUUCUGGAAAACGCCUGGUGUUGCUUGACCCUGAGUUGGUGAAGUUGGUCAAAGCUACUAAACUGGUUGCUGGAGACUUUGUUUAUGGAAGUGAGGUUGAGCCACAAAGCUCUUUGACCGCAGAUCAGCAGAGGGAGGUCCAAAUGGUAAAAGAAUUCAGUUUGGAGGUAGAAAGUUCCAGUGUAGUCGCACCAAGCAAAGAACGAGAGAUUAAUGGUACAGGCAGUACAGGAGAAAAGUAUGAUGAAGGAAAUGACAACAAAUUGCUGCACAAACCAUCAGUAGCAGUUCCAGAUAUUGGUUCAGUCAAUCUUGAAAGUUUUAUGGCUUCAGAUAAAACUCUUGAAGAGGAAUUAACAAAAGGCCCAGAUGAGCAGGUAGUUCCUCAAUCCAAACCCAGAGAUAUUGGUGGUCAGCAGACUAAAAGUAUAACCACACCAGUAGAUAGAAAAACAGCUAUGGCCCCACUCAAAACUUUGAAAGAACCCAUCCCAAUGGGAGCAAAAGCAGAUGAAGAUGUUAAAUCAGCGCAGUCUCUGCUCAUCUCUGAUAAAACUACUUUGGAUAAUGGUGAUCAGGACACCAAAAGUACAACCACAAUAGCAGACAUAAAAACAGCUACAGUCUCAGUCAAAACUCUAAAAGAACCCAUCUCACAAGGAGCAAAAGCAAAUGAAGAUGUUAUAGUAACACCGUCUGAUGAUAGAAAAGAUAUAAAGCAUUCCCGGAAAGAAACAGAAAACAUCAAACCAAAGGUGCCAAUAACAGAGACUGACUCAGCACAUGCUAAACCUCACACGGAUACCCUUGAAUCAGCACUGGAGAAGAAAGGGGAGGAUGCUGAAUUGGCAAAGUUAGUCCUAGAGCUCAAACAGGGAGGUCUGAUGACAGAGGAAGGGGAAAAGCUGCUCCCAGAUGAGGCCGUAGCUCAAGGUGUCCUUCCAGGUCACACAGCCGUUAAAUUAAUGGCCCAGGCAGGUUUGUUUGGGGGUUUCUUGGAUGCCAGCAGCGGUGAGUCACUUAGCAUGGAGGAUGUCAUGCAGGAGGGUUUACUAGAUGAAGAUGUAAUGUGGAGUGUCCUGAAUUCGGAUAAAACUCUUUCAGGGAUUGUGGAUGUAGAGAAAAAGCAGAUCUGUGGGGUAAGGGAGGCAGCUCAGGCAGGUUUAAUCGACCCCAGCACCGCUGCUCGACUUUUAGAAGCCCAGGUGGCAUCUGGGGGGAUUGUUGACCUACGUAGGGAUAAAAAAGUCUCAGUCACUUUAGCAGCAAACCUGGGUCUGAUUGAGGAGGAGCAAAGAGGUGAACUGGUAGCACUAGAGAAGGCAUACAAAGGAAAGAAUACAGAUGCACCAACAGCCCUCACUAAAGCCAGUUUACAGCUACAGAUGGAAGGUGUAAUCGACCCAGAGUCCAAGUCUCCGGUUCCUCUGGAACAAGCAAUUCAGAAAGGUUUUAUCAAAUCUGAGGAGGCUUAUCAGGUGUUGGCUAAGCAGGUGGCUGAAGGUGGUAUAAUCCAUCAUGCUUCAGGGCUGAGGCUGUCAGUUGCUGAUGCUGUAGAAAGAGGACUAAUUGAUCGCUCCAUUGCCCUUGGGUUGGAGGAACUAGAGUGGGUCUACCAAGGAAAAGUCAGCCCCUCAUCCAACCCAGAAGCAGCUGUUUUACAGGCAUCUACAGGAGCCAUUUUAGAACCUGAAUCUGGAUGUAAACUGACAUUGACAGAGGCCGUUUCUAAGGGUCUUUUGGAUGAGAAUAUUGCAAGCGAAGCUAUGGCUUCUUCUACUGUAAUACAAGGUGUGCUUGACCCUGAAACUGCACGCAUUGUGCCCUAUUCAGAGCUCGUAAGCCAGGGUAAGAUAGAUAUUGAAACAGGCAAACGCUUCUUGGAGGUGAAACCGUUCAGAGGAGUUCCUUAUGAGCAAACAAGAGACACAUUGACCCUUCCUGAGGCAGUUGCAUUAAAGCAAGUUGACCCAGUUCCGGCGUUGCGGUUGCUUCAAAGUCAAGCAGACAGUGGAGGGAUCAUUGACAUCAGCACAGGAGAAAGACUACCGCUACCUGAAGCCUGUGACAGAGGUUUAGUUGAAGACAGUAUGGUCAGGGUAAUAACUACCAACCAGUUUUUGAAAGGAGGCUUAGUUGAUCCUGCCACUGGACAACGUGUCUCCAGUCUCAAUGAUGCGAUUUCAAAAGGACUGAUCUCCUAUGACGUAGCUUCAGAGAUUCAGGAGAAAUUGUCCUUUGUGGAGACGGAGAGUGAUGAAGGCAGCGCUACACCUGUUGCCUCAUCAAAUGGUACAUACAUGUCUGCUGUUAUAAUGUCGGUUACAAGCUCAGACAGUCCAGCAAACUGGUCAGACUUAAGCACUGAGGGGCCCUCAAGAUCUCCACUAUCAAUGAAAGGUUUAGGCAUUAAACAGGACGAUGGAAAGACAUCAACAUCUGUUGUAUCAGAUCAGUCACUGUUGUUUGACACUACUACAGAAGAGGACAAAGUAGAAGGACCAGUGUCAGUGGAAGAAAAGGCUUCAAUUGAGCCAGAUCAAUCCAUAGACCUGUUGUGUAAGUUUGCUACUAAUGUUGAGAAAAAAAUUCAAGAAGCCAUAGAAGAAAUCGUACCACAGACAGACAUCAAUAAAUCAGAGCCUCCCAACCAAAAGCUUGAUGAGAGUCAAGGUGUGAGUGAGACUGAUGAUAAACAGAAGGGGGGUGUUUUCAGAAGUGAUAUUGUGUAUAACGAUAACAAAGAUACACAGGAAGUGGUCACAAAAAGAGCUACUGUUUUAGAGUCAGAUAGGGAUCCUGUGAAUGUUUUGGAAAAGGAGGGUAGACCCAGUGAUGAGAGUACAUCAGUGGUUUAUGAUGUGUCUGAAGAUGUGAAACUGAGAGGAAUUGCUGCAAAAGGGACAAGAGAUGACAGAGGAAGCAAAGACAGCACUGAGGUGUCAAAACUGAGUGAAGAAGAAAAAGAUAGAAAGAGUGCUGCGGCAGCAGAGAGAGAUGAUGUUGUGCAUGAGAAGGAUAAAGAAGUGAAGAAAGAGAAACCGUUAGAGACUGAGAUGAAAUCCAGCACUGACGCUGAGAAGACAGAUCAGUUAUUGACCUCUCCAGCCAAGGAGACAGAAAGCAAAAGCAAGAAAAAGAGGAAGAAUAAAAAGAAUGGAAAGGGUAAAGAAGAUGAGAGAGAAACGCAUCCUCCAGAGAUAAAACUUCCAUCACAAAUUGAUCAAGCUGAUACUCAUACUGCAGGGCAGCGUAAAGACACUGAUGUAGUCAAAGAUGAGCUUGCGUCAGAAAAACUCGAGAAAUCACAAAUUCAUGACCAGGCAGCUUCCACAGAGUCUUCCAGUCAAGCAAGAAAGGCAAUGAUUGAGAGCACAAUUGUGGCAGAAAAUUCUGUGGUAAAACAAGAACAGGAAACAGUCCCGGCCACCCUGAAAUUCGAAGAACAUACUAUACUCAAAGAUGAGCUUGCAUCACAAGACAAAUACGAGAAAUCACAAAUUUCAGAUCAGGCACUUUCCGCAGAGUCUCCCAAUGCAGAAAGUGAGACAAACAUUGAUCAGACAAUUGAGGCUGAAAGUUACAUGGUAAAACAAGGACAGGCAGCAGUUGCAGCCACUUUGAAAUCCUCAGAACAUACUGCUGAUGUAGUCAAAGAUGAGCUUGCAUCUCAAGACAAAUUUGAGAAAUCACAAAUUUCUGCCCAGGCAGCUUCCUCAGAGUCUCCCAAAGCAGAGAGUGAGACAAAGAUUGACAGGACUAGUCAGGCUAAACAUUAUUUGGUAAAACAAGGACAGGAGGCAGUUCCAGCCCCUCUGAAAAUGAAAGAACAUACUAUCGAGCCAGAGAAAGAUGCAUCAAAAAUUGCAUUAUCAAAGGAUACAGAAACAAGUGAAAAGACAGAGAAGAUGAAAAAGGACGGGCAGAAAAAGGAAGUUGAAGAGAAGGUUUCAGUCUCUCAGCAACCAGAAAAACCAGAGAGCACCCAGGAGGUAAAGACAAAGACGGAGCAAGAAUUGAAACAAAAAUCUAGUCUCCCAGAUGAGGAGAAAGCAGCCUUGAUACUGAAAGCCAAAGAGAGCAUUCUCAAAAAGGUGUUUGAAAAAGGAGUGAGUGAGAAGCAGGCUGCCGAGGAGCUGCAGGCACUGCGCAAGGAGGUGGGGAAGAAGGACAGUUUAAGUACAACAGUAAAGGCACAUCUGCCAGCUGAAGCCGAUGGAGUGGAGAGUCAUGAUGGAGUCAAGACAACUAAAGGUUCACCAAAAGAGACAGAGGAAAAGACAAGUGUCAAAGAAGACAAAAAGAAAUUGACAAUGGUCAAAAAAGACAAAACUGUAGAGAAACCUACUGUGAAGGAGGACGCAGAGACCAAAGUAUUGGAGGUUUCUCCAAAGCCAAGAGAGGAUAACAAGAUAUUUGGAAAGGAUAACGAACAAAAAGACACUGAGAUCACUCCAUCAGUCCAGCCUCAAGAAACUCAGCAAAGUAAACGAAGAAAGAAAAAUAAGAAGUCCAAGACUUCAAAAGAGGCGGACAAAACAGAGCCUGAUACUGAGAAGUUACAGACUGAUGAAAAAGUGGAUUCUGACAUGAAAACUACAAAACCAGAUUCAGAUGACUCAGCAGAACAGGACAGACGUACUGAUGCUCAGUCGGUCAGUGAUGUCAGCGGACCAUCAGUUGUUGAUAAGGCAAAUGAAAUGGAGACCUCUGAGAUUAAUGCUAAAGUACCUGAGACCAGUCAACCAAGGCCAUCAUACAUACGUCAGUCUGAACAACCAAUUUCUCACAUUGAGGAACACAAAGAAUUGGCAGAGGCUUCAUCUGUUGGGAAAGAAGAAUCCUUUUCAGAAACCACAAAUACUGACGAAUCCAACGACAGCGCUCUCAGGGCUGUCACUUGCAAACCCGACAUCCAGCCCACAGCUCCUGGCACUCAAGAUAAAAAUGCAGGGAAAGGUAAAAAGAAGAAAGGGCGCCAACCACCAGAAGUUGAUAGAACCAAUGUCCCCGAAUCCAAAUCUUUACAAGACCAACAGCUUCAUCUGGAGUCUCCAGAAUCAACACCUUCCCCCUCAGAAGAUGCUUCUACUGAGUCUGAAUCACACGGAGUCCUCGAGUCCGAUACAGCCUCUGAGAGCUGGGGAGAGGGAGAGGAUGACGUCAGAGGGAGUCGAGGAAUUGUUUCAAACACGACAUCCACAACUGGCAAGUCAUCACUGAUGCGUCAGGAGUGUUUGGAGCAUGACCAGCGAAUUGUAGCGCUGGUCUCCAUGGUAAGACACAUUGAGGUCCGAGUCAAACAGCAGCAGCAGCAGUCAGUUGGCCGCAGCCUCAUCGCCUUGGAUGACAUCAUCAGACAGACUGAGACCUUGGACCUUGAAUUGCGUGACUUGGAGCCAGCGAUCAACAAAGAAGUGGAGGCUGCUGAAGAGCUGUUGAAGCCCAAACCCAAAGACGUUCCUCCGCAGCUCCUACUGGCCCUGGAAAAGGAUGGGCGGAGCCUGGCUCGAGGGUAUGAGGCUGCCAGAGCGCUUUCAGAGGGCAUUCUGCAAAGUCUACGAGACCACAGAGACUCAUAUAAGGAGGCAGUAACAGCUGAGCUGAAGUCACUGGGAGCACAGGUGGAGACUCUGCUCUCUUGGUUGCGGGAGACAGAGGCUCAGAUGAACAGAGGGAUGGCCGGGAUGGAAAAAAUGGAGACAACAGAGAAAGACGACAAUCAUGAUCAGCUCACAAAGCAGCUGAAUCUCUGCAAGGAGCUCCAGUCGUCUCUGAUGGCUCGCUCUAAUGAGGUCAACAACACGGCCUUCGACAUUCAGGUGUUCAUCUCAGAGCGAGCUCAGGACCUGGCCCCGGAGCAGAGCAGGCAGCUCCUGGGGCAGCUUCAGCAGCUCCAGAGGGCCUUCCACCUCGCCUCUGGUCAUGCCCAGGCCUGGGCCGACGCCCUCUCCGCUCAGAGAGAGCGGGAGGAGGAGCGGCAGCGCAGAGAGAGAGUGAAAGAAGAGGAGAAGGACAGAGAGAGGCAGAGUGCAAGGGAGAGAGAGGUGGUGCAGCAGCAGAAAGCUGAAUGCUCUCAGAAACUAGAAGGCCUUACCAUGUGGUUAGCUGGAGCUGCCAGCCUGCUGGCCAGUCAGAAAGGAGGAGCUGAGUCAGGUGACGUGAACGUCUUGCAAGAGAAACAGAAAAGACUAAAGGAAGCACAGAAGGAUCUUCAGACCAAAGAGCAGGGCAUCGCUGAGGCAAUCCGCUCUGCAGAGGAACUCCUGGCUGAUAGAGGAGAAAGUCUGAGCCCAGAGGAGAGGCAGAACCUCCAGGGGGCGCUAACAAGAAUGAAGGAGCAGUACAGUGCCCUCAAAGAUACAGCAAACACAUCAUUGUCAGAGCUGGACACAGCCAUCAACACCACUCUGCAGCAGAACACACAAAGGGCGAAGGCUGAGGAGGAGCUCCAGGAGACAAAAGGCCAGAUAGACUCUCUGCUGAACGAGCUUUCCUCCCUUAACCAACCAGGCGGGAGAGGAGCUGGAUCAGCAGCGGCCAAAGACGUCACAGACGCAUCAUUCUCCCAGCCAGAGAGCGCUGUGAUGUCACACACAGAGAUGCUGCAGGCGGAGCUCCAGCAGCUUCAGGCUCAGCAGGCUCAGCUUCUCCAGAUCACGCAGUCAACUCGCUCCCUUCUGGACCAACCAGACUCCACUGUUCCUCCUGAGGAGAAGCAGCGUCUCCGAGCCGCCUUGGAUCAGCUGCAGGCUCAGCACCAGGACAGUCUGCAGAGCUGCCAGGAUCGUCUGAGGAAGUCUGAGGCUCUGAAGGACGAGCUGACAAAGUUCCUCCAAGAACAUGGAAGUUUAGGUGCCUGGCUGGAGCAAAACGAACAGGAGCUCCGCUCCCUGGGGGAAGGAGAAACUGAUGCACAAGGACUGAAGAACCGACUGGAGGAGCACAGAAAACUCGCUGAGGAUAUAAUUUGCCACAAGGCAGACCUGCGAUUUGUCUCCAUCUCCGGUCAGAAGGUUCUGGACUCUGCUCAAGGAGCUCUGGAACAAGUUGGUGGUUCAGACCCGGCUCUGGACAGCACCAAGCAGCUGGUAACUGACAAACUGCAGGAUGCUAACCACAGAUACACAACCUUACACACCAAGUCUACAGAGUUGGGCGGCCGUUUGUCCGGCCUGUUGGAGAGGUACCAGCAGUACCAGGAUGAGGUCGUCUCCGUCCACUCUUGGCUCACAACUCAGGAACAGAACCAAAGCAUAGCCAAGCCCAGUCUGGAGACAGACCCGCAGAACCUGCAGAACACGCUACGACAAGUACAGCUGCUGCAAGACGAGCUGGCAGAGCGUUCGGUGCAGUUGGAGAAGGUGAAGAGAGCAGGAAGAGAUCUGGUCAGCACAGACGAGUCUCCUUCCCUGAAAGCUGUUGACAUCCUCUGUGCCGCAGAUGGUUUAGAGAAGAGGUUUGGCUCCCUCUCGGCAUCGGUGUCCGAACGGGCUGAGCAGCUGCAGACAGCUGUGGCCCAGUCGGUCAGCGUCCAGGAGGGCCUGAAGGGUCUGCUGAGCUGGCUGGAUAAACUGGCUCUGAAUCCUGGACCAGUCGAGCCCACCGCACAGGCUGUACAAGACGCCCUGACACAGAACCAGAAACUUCGCCAGGAGCUGCUGUCCAGGCAGGGCAGCGUGGAGGCAACGAGAGACUCUCUUUCCAGACUCCUUCAGAGCUCCGACGCCUCCACGGCCUCGGGCCUCCAGAGCUCUUUAGAUGAACUGACUCAGCGCUAUGCUGCAGCACAGGCCAGCCAGGCUGAGAGGGAGGCUGAGCUCAAAGGGCUUCUGCCCAGGCUGGAGAGCUACGAGCGGAUGGGGACCGACCUCCAGGUCUUCACCCAGAGCCGACUGAAGGCUCUGAGCCCGGCGGGCCAGCCAGACCGCAGUGUGGAUGACUACAGGCAGACCAUUGAGGAGGUCAGGUCAGAGCUGGAGCAGGAAGCCAGCCAACUCAACUCCUUCUGCAACCUCGGCACCGAGCUCAGCCAAUCAGAAGCUUUCAAUAACACUCAAAGCCUAUUGGAUAAUGUCAAAGGAGUGUCUGACGAGUUCACCCAACUGGAAGCCAGUGUCAACGAAAGGUUUGCUGCCCUCCAGGCCUGUGAGCAGCAGCUUCUCCAGUUCCGCGGCCUCUCCGGCUCCCUCCUCAGGUGGCUUCAGACGGCACAGGACCAGCUGCCAUCCAAAGAGACCAACCUCAACACAGAGGGCCUGCAGAGGAGAGUCCAGCAGCUCAAGGACUUGUUGAAUGACUGGGAGUCACAGGGAUCAAGAGUUCAGGAGCUGAACAAGACUGGCUCCGAGCUGGAGUCCCUCAUCAUUGACAUCACCGCUCCUCAGACCAAAACUGGUGCUCCUCAAAUCAAUGGCUCAUCAGGUCCCAGCAGUGUCAAUGGCAUUCACACCUGUAAAGACUUGACGGAGCUCCAGGUAGCCGUAUCAGAUGUAAACGGUCGAUAUGAGACGCUGGGCGGGGAGCUGAAGGAGCGUCUCAGUCGCCAGAAGGCCUCACUGGAGCUGAGGCAGAAGGCCAGGCAGGGCGCUGAUGAGCUGAAGAGCUGGCUGACAGACAGAGAGCAAAGCCUGAAACAGGGACAGACCGCCUCCCCCUCCAAACCUGAGGUGGUACGUGCCCAGGCCCAGGAGAACAAGGCUCUGCUCUCGGAGCUGGCUGAGCACUCUGGCAAAGUCGAGGAACUGAAGAGCACGCUGAGGAAGCUGAUUGCUGACAACCCCGAUUCUCCUGAGGCUGACACCUGGAGACAGCAGCUGCAGGAGAUAGACUCCCGCUGGCAGACGGCCAAUCAGACGGCAGCCCAGAGGCAGACUGAGCUGGAGACGUGUGCCGAUAGGCUGGGCAGCUUUGCUUCGGCGGCCAAUCAGCUGGGCCCGUGGCUGAGGGAGAAGGAGCUGAUGAUGAGCGUGCUGGGACCGCUGAGCAUCGACCCCAACAUGCUCAACACACAGAAACAACAAGCACAGUUCAUGCUGCGAGAGUUUGAGACCAGACGGCCACAGUUUGACCAGCUGACCCAGUCUGCUGAGGGAAUCCUCUCCCAGACUGGUGACUCCGCCCAGGACCCCAAGGACCUGGCGGAGGUGCGAUCUGAGCUGGGCUCCAUCACCCAACAGUGGGAGGAUUUAACAAACCGACUGACCCAGAGGUCAAACCACAUCGACCAGGCCCAAGGAACCAGCGAGCGGUACCAGGCGUUGCUCAGAGAGCUCUCCUCCAGCGCUUCUGCUCUGGGCGAGAGGUUGGACAGUCAGGCGUCGCUGAGCGCCCAGCCCGAGGCGCUAAAACGCCGCCUGCAGGAAACUGGAGAGAUCCGCUCAGAGCUGGAAAGGCGGCGCACCGAGCUGGCUGAGGCUGAGAGGCUCUGCAAGGAGCUGAGUGCCAUCGUGGCUGAACCUUAUCUGAAGGAGGAGCUGAGUAAACGACUGGAGAGCGUCAGCGGGCCUCUCAAGAGUUUAGAGGAGCGCGCAGCUGAUGGUCUGUCUCAGCUCCAGGCGGCCCUGUCGUCCACCCAGCAGUUCCAGCAGAUGUUUGAGGAGUUGCGCUCCUGGCUCGACAAGCAGGCAGAUCCCAGAGAUUCAUCCACCGACUCUCUGCCUUGUCAGCCGGAGGCCAUCCGCUCUCUGCUGGCACAGACGGACGACCUCCAGCGUGGGAUCGCCAGCCAGCGAGGCUCCUACGAGCUGCUUCAAGCUGAGGGAGCGUCACUGCUUGCCACUCUCCCCGCGGGCGGAGACGAACGGUCUGCCCUGCAGAAUCGCCUGGCAUCAUUGAAGCAGGACUGGGAGGGGCUGAACCAGAGGAUCUCAGAUCGAGAGAGCAGACUGAAGAACAUUCUGAGCAAAGCAGAAACCUACCAGCAGCACAAGGGCGAGCUGAUACCGUGGUUAGCGGAGUGUGACCAGAAAGAUGGAGAGAUCCAGCCGUCGCUGGACGCCUCGGCCCUGGACGAAGCCUUGCAGAAGGCUCGAGGUUUGUCGCUGGACCUCGAGAGACGACAACCUCUUCUCGAGGCCUUCAACACAGCAGCAGAUCAGCUGCUGGAACAGUGCUGCAUUGGAGAGGAAGAGGUACGAGAUGAGAAGGCCCAGCUGAACCGCAGAGUAGACGGACUGGGCGAGAGGCUCCAUAACCGCACCGCCCAGCUGGAGGAGCUGGCUGGCCGCCUGAAGGAGUUUGAGGAGGGCAGACAGGCUGCAGAGAGGAGGCUGGAGGCUGCCAAGCACCAGAUUGAAGUCCAGGAGGCUCUGGGAGCACAGGCUUGCAGUGCAAAGAGCCUCGAGCGCCUGAGAAGUCAGCAGGAGAGUCUCAGGUCUCUGAAGCCUCAGGUGGUCUACCUCAGAGACCUGGCCCAGGGGCUGGUACAGGACGCACCCGUGACACCGGGAGGCAGCACAGAGGGGGCGCAGAGGCUUCAGGAGCAGGCCAGAGACACAGAGAAAGAGUAUGAGGCCGUGACUGACAAGAUCGAGCAUUGCUGCUCCUCCCUGGAGUCCCGCCUACAGGGCGUUGGUGAGGUCCAAUCUCACGUGCGCGACGUCUUCUCGCGCAUCGCUGACCUCGAUGAUGAACUGGACUCCCUCAGUCCUGUUGGACGUGAUGCAGACUCCCUGGCCUCACAGGCUGACGCCCUGAAGGGCUUCUUGUCCCGUUUGGCCAACCUCAGGCAGGAGCUGGAGGGUCACACGUCAGAGUGCACCACCAUGCUGCAGCGAGAGGGCUCCUCCCCUGACCUCCUGGCUCUCAGGAGAGAGACGGAGGCUCUGAGCCGUCAAGCCGGCAAGCUGAGCGAGCGGGGCCAGGCGAGGUUGGACCAGAUCGAGGACGCUGCUGAGAGGGUUCGGGAGUUCUACAGGCUGGUGGCUGAGCUGCAACGCCUGCUGGGAAGAGCCGAAGACGGGCUGAAUGCACAGGGCAUGGUCGGCACAGAAGUGGAGAUGAUCAAACAGCAGCUGCAGGAGUUUAAGGCUGUGGAGAGAGAGCAGGUGGACAGCAUUCAACCGAAGCUGCAGCACAUCAAUGCAGUGGGUCAGGGUCUGAUCCAGAGCGCCGCCAAACACACCGACACCCAGGCGCUGGAGCACGACCUGGAGACAACCAACCUCCAAUGGAACUCACUCAACAAGCGGGUGGCAGAGCGGAUCGCCCAGCUGCAGGAGGCCCUGUUGCAUUGUGGGAAGUUCCAGGAUGCUCUUGAGCCCCUGCUGAGCUGGCUGAGCGACACAGAGGAGCUGGUGGCCAAUCAGAAGCCUCCGUCUGCUGAGUACCGCGUGGUCAAGGCCCAGAUCCAAGAACAAAAGCUGCUCCAGAGGCUGUUGGAUGACCGCCGGCCGACGGUUGAGAUGAUCCGUGCUGAGGGAGAGAGGAUCGCAGCCACAGCGGACACUCAGGACCGAGAGAAGAUUCAAACCCAGCUCCAGAGUUUGGCAGAGAGAUGGACGGACCUGAUGGACAAGGCCAGCGGCAGGCAAAGGCAGUUGGAGGAGCUGCAGGUUUUGGCUCUUCAGUUCCACGAAGCCCUGGAGCCGCUGGGAGAAUGGCUGAGCGCCACCGAGAGACGCCUGAGCUCUGCUGAGCCCAUGGGCACCCAGACGGCCAAGAUCACCCAGCAGAUCGUUAAGCACAAGGCGUUGCAAGAGGACGUGUCCUGCCGCGAAGCCGAGGUUGACCACCUCGAGGCCCUCAGCCAAUCGCUGAACCCGCUCAGCUGCGCGGCUGAUCGUGAUUGGCUACGCGAGCGUGUGGGAGCUGUGAAGUCGGGUCACUCUGAGCUCACUGAUUGGUGCUCCAGGCGGGCGGGCAUGCUGGAGCAGGCGCUGGCUAAUGCUCAGCUGUUUGGGGAGGAGGAGGUAGAGGUGCUGAACUGGCUGGCUGAGGUCGCUCAGAGGCUCAGUCAGGUCUCCGUCCAGAGCUACCAGCACCAGCUGCUGGCCGAGCAGCACAAACACACUCUGUCUCUAAAUGAAGAGAUUGUGAGCAGGAAGAAGACAGUGGACCAGGCCAUCAAGAAUGGACAAGCCUUACUCAAACAGACCACAGGUGAGGAAGUUCUCCUGAUCCAGGAGAAGCUGGACGGCAUCAAGUCUCGCUACGCUGAGAUGACGGCCGGCAGCAGCAAGGCCCUCCGCACCCUGGAGCAGGCCCUGCAGCUGGCCACAAGAUUCGCCAGCGCCCAUGACGACCUCAACCAGUGGCUUGAUGGCGUGGAGGCGGAGCUCAACAAUGUGGAGCCCGACGCCACACCUGCAUACCAGGAGAGACAAAAGGAGCUGAAGAAAGUGUCGGCCGAGAAGCGUCUCGUUUUGGACACGGUGAACGAGGUGGGCAGCGCUCUGCUGGAUCUGGUGCCGUGGCGAGCCCGCGAAGGCCUGGACCGCCUGGUCGCUGAUGCCAACCAGCGAUACCGCCAGUCUGAUGAAACCAUCACUCAGCGGGUGCAGCUGGUACAAGCUGCCAUCCAGAGGUCACAACAGUACGAGGAGGCAGUAGACGCAGAGCUGGCAUGGGUCGGAGAAACGGAGCGUAAACUGGCGUCUCUGGGGCCCUUGAGCCUGGAGCCCGAUGUGACAGUGGCUCAGAUGCAAGUGCAGAGGGCUUUCAACAUCGACAUCAUCAGACACAAAGACACGGUGGAUCAGCUGCUCAGCACCAGAGACGACAUCCUGGAAACCUGCAGCGACGCCCAGAAGGACGCACUGAUAGUGAAAACAGAUUCUCUGAGUGCGCGCUAUGACACAGUGAGUCAGAGCCACAGUGAGCGGUUCUCGGCUCUGGAGCAGGCCCAGGUUUUGGUCACUCGCUUCUGGGAGACCUACGAGGAACUGGAGCCAUGGUUGGGCGAGACCGAAACCCUCAUCACCCAACUGCCACCUCCGGCCAUCGACACCGAUGCUCUCAGACUGCAACAGGACCAGAUGAGGCUGCUCAGGGAGUCAAUCGCAGAGCACAAGCCGCAUAUCGACAAGCUGCUGAAGAUCGGACCCCAGCUGGCUGAGCUCAGCCUCCAGGAGGGGGAGACGGUGACGCAGCGCUACGCUGAGGCUGAGAGACGCUACCUGGCCAUCAAAGAAGGCGUCAAAGGUCGUGCAACAUCUCUGGACGAAGCAGUUUCCCAGUCUGCGCAGCUGGUAGAGUUUCACGACAAGAUGGACCCCCUGUUGGAGACCCUGGAGGGGGCGGUCCAGCGGCUGCGGCAGCCUCCCCCAGUGGCAGCCGAAGUGGAGAAGAUCAGGGAGCAGCUGGCGGAGCACCGAGCCCAGGGGCUGGAGCUGGACAAACUGCUGCCAAGCUUCUCCGCUCUCUGCGCCCGCGGAGAGGAGCUCAUCGGACGAGCUGCUCACGACGAUCCUGCCGCUCAGGCUGUUCGUACCCGCCUCCUGCGCCUGCGCUCCCUGUGGGAUGAGAUCCGGCAGCGGGCCGAGGAGAGGGAAGGGAAACUGAACGACGUCUUAGACCUGGCAGGAAAGUUCUGCGACGUGGCGGCGCUACUGAGCACGCUCCGAGACUCCCAAGACAUCGUGAAAGAGCUGGAGGACCCUGGUGUGGACCCCUCACUCAUCAAACAACAGAUUGAGGCUGCUGAGGCCAUUAAAGCGGAGACGGACGGUCUGAGGGAGGAGCUGGAGUUUGUCAGGACCCUCGGAGCUGACCUCAUCUUUGCCUGUGGAGAAACUGAGAAACCUGAAGUCAAGAAAACCAUUGAUGAGAUGAAUGCUGCCUGGGAGGGCCUGAACCGGACGUGGAGAGAGAGGAUGGAGAGACUGGAGGAGGCCAUGACGGCGUCUGUGCAGUAUCAGGACUCACUGCAGUCUAUGUUUGACUACCUGGACAACGCAGUGAUCAAACUGUGUGACAUGUCGACUGUGGGAACUGAUUUGGGAACUGUCAAACAGCAGAUUGAAGAGCUCAAGCAGUACAAGGUGGAGGUGUACCAGCAGCAGAUUGACAUGGAGAAGCUGUGCCACCAGGGGGAGCUGCUGCUGAAGAAGGUGUCAGACCAGACGGACAGGGACAUGAUCCAGGAGCCGCUCACUGAGCUCCGACACCUCUGGGACAACCUGGGGGAUAAAAUCACCCACAGACAGCACAAGCUUGAGGCUGCCCUGCUGGCCCUGGGUCAGUUCCAGCAUGCCCUGUCUGAGCUGCAGGCCUGGCUGAACCACACACACACCACGCUGGACACACAGCGGCCAGUCAGCUCUGACCCCAAGGCCAUCGAGAUCGAGCUGGCUAAACACCACGUUUUGCGUAACGACGUUCUGUCCCAUCACGCCACUGUGGAGAAUGUGAACAGCGCUGGCGCUGAGCUGCUGGAGUCGUCUCCUGGCGACGAGGCCAGCCACCUGAGGGACCAGCUGGAUCAGCUCAACAAGAGCUGGGAGAGUCUGCUGCUCAAGACCCAGGAGCGACAGAAGCUGCUGGAGUCAGCCCUGCAGCAGGCUGAAGGUUUCCAUGGCGAGCUGGAGGAGUUCCUCCAGUGGCUGAGGAGGACGGAGAGCCAGCUGUCUGCCGCCAAACCAACAGGCGGCCUCCCUGAAACAGCCAGAGAGCAGCUCCAGCAACACAUGGAGCUUCAGGCCCAGCUGACUCAGCGAGCAGAUCAGUACCACCGCCUGCUGGAUCAGGGAGAGUCCAUGCUGCUGGCUCGUGGAGGAGAGGAGGCAGGACCUGGUACCACCCAGACCCAGCAGAACCUGGCCAUGCUCCAGAACAAGUGGGCCAGCCUCAACACCAAGAUGGACGACCGCAGGGCAAAGCUGGACGAGGCCGUUUCCUUGGCAACAGGUUUCCAGACCUCUCUGCAGGACACCAUCAACUGGUUGACCCAGGCUGAACAGACCUUGAACAUGGCCCAGCCCCCGAGUCUCAUCCUGGACACUGUCCUCUUCCAGAUCGAUGAGCACAAGGUGUUUGUGAAUGAGGUGAACACACACAGAGAGCAGGUCCUGGCUCUAGAGAAGGCCGGCUCUCAGCUUCGCUUUGCCAGCCUGAAGCAGGACGUCGUCCUCAUCAAAAACCUGCUGCUCAGUGUCCAGGCUCGCUGGGACAAGUUGGUCCAGAGGUCACUGGACCGCGGCCGACACCUCGAUGAGGCCCGCAAACGUGCCAAACAGUUCCACGAGGCCUGGAGGAAGCUGACAGACUGGCUGGAAGAAGCCGAGAAAAGACUGGACUCAGAGCUGGAGAUCUCCAAUGAGCCAGACAAAAUCAAAGUACAACUGGCCAAACACAAGGAGUUUCAGAAAGCGUUGGGGUCGAAGCAGCCGGUUUACGACACCACAGUGAGGUCUGGGAGGGCCAUGAGGGACAAGGCUCAGCUGCCUGCUGACACCCAGAAACUGGAUCACCUGGUGGGAGAAGUCCGUGACAAGUGGGACACAGUCUGUGGCAAGAGCGUAGAGAGACAACACAAGCUGGAGGAGGCUCUGCUGUUCUCGGGCCAGUUUGCAGAGGCUCUCCAGGCCCUGGUGGACUGGUUGUACCGGGUAGAGCCCCAGCUGGCUGAAGACCAACCUGUCCAUGGAGAUCUAGAUCUGGUAUCCAACCUUAUGGACUCACAUAAGGCUUUCCAGAAAGAGCUGGGGAAGAGAACCAGCAGCGUUCAGGCCCUGAAGCGCUCAGCUCGGGAGCUGAUGGAUACCGGUCGCGAUGACACGGCGUGGGUCAAGGUCCAGCUUCAGGAGCUCAGCAACCGCUGGGAUACGGUGUGCGCUCUGUCGGUGACGAAGCAAACCCGCCUCCAGCAGGCGCUCAAGCAGGCUGAGGAGUUUCGUACAGCGAUUCAGGUGCUUCUGGAGUGGCUCUCUGAGGCCGAGCAGACGCUUCGUUUCCGCGGCGUCCUUCCCGAAGAGGCAGAGACUCUACAGGCGCUGCUGCACACACAUCGUGAUUUCAUGACGACUGUGGAGGAGAAGAGGGCGGAUGUCAACAAGGCCGCCGGCAUGGGAGAGGGCAUCCUGACCGUCUGUCACCCCGACUCCAUCACCACCAUCAAACACUGGAUCACCAUCAUCAGGGCGCGCUUUGAGGAGGUGCUGACUUGGGCCAAACAGCAUGAGCAGCGUCUGGAGACGGCUCUGACGGAGGUGCUCAACAACGCCAACCUGCUGGAGGAGCUGUUGUCAUGGCUACAGUGGGCUGAGACCACGUUGGUCCAGAGAGACACGGAGCCGCUUCCUCAGGACAUCCCACAACUCAAAACACUCAUCACAGAACACCAGAUGUUUAUGGAGGAGAUGACGAGGAAGCAGCCAGACGUCGACAAAGUGACAAAGACUUACAAAAGAAAACCAGCUGAGCCUCCCAGCAGCCUCGCUGAGAGGAGAGGAACUCGCAAACACCAGCAACAACAGCAGCAGCAGCAGCAGGCAGCCAUGCAGCUCUCCGGAGGAAACCCUCGACUCAACCAGCUCUGUGCCAAGUGGCAGCAAGUGUGGCUGCUGGCUCUCGACCGCCAGCGAAAACUCAACGACGGUCUGGACAGACUGGAGGAGCUCAAAGAGUUUGCCAACUUUGACUUUGAUGUAUGGAGGAAAAAGUACAUGCGCUGGAUGAACCACAAGAAGUCCCGCGUCAUGGAUUUCUUCAGACGCAUCGACAAGGACCAGGAUGGAAAGAUCACACGGCAGGAGUUUAUCGACGGCAUCCUGGCUUCAAAGUUUCCCACCAGUAAGCUGGAGAUGACGGCAGUGGCAGACAUCUUUGACAGAGACGGAGACGGUUACAUCGACUACUACGAGUUUGUUGCUGCUCUGCAUCCCAACAAGGACGCCUACAGACCCACCACAGACGCUGAUAAGAUAGAGGAUGAGGUGACUCGGCAGGUGGCCCAGUGCAAAUGUGCCAAGAGGUUCCAAGUGGAGCAGAUAGGAGAGAACAAAUACCGGUUCUUCCUCGGAAACCAGUUCGGUGACUCUCAGCAGCUGCGUCUGGUGAGGAUUCUGCGCAGCACCGUGAUGGUGAGAGUCGGAGGUGGUUGGAUGGCUCUGGACGAGUUCCUGGUCAAAAAUGAUCCAUGCAGAGUGCAACAUCCAGGACUUAAGAUUCUCCGCUCCGAUUCCAGUAGCUCCAUCUCAUCUCGUAUAGCUCGCGGCCGCACCAACCUGGAGCUGAGGGAGAAGUUCAUCCUCCCCGAGGGAGCCUCUCAGGGUCUGGCCGCCUUCCGCUCCCGAGGUCGACGCUCCAAACCAGGCUCCCGCAACGCCUCACCCACACGCUCCUCCUCCUCGGCCUCCCACAGCGGCGCCUCCUUGCCCUCUGCCCCCUCCGCCCCCGCCACCCCGACAGCCUCCGCAUCAUCCAGGUCCUCCCAUACUCACUCGCGUGACUAUGCCAAGCCCUGGCUGGCACACAGUAAAACUCCAACGCCAACCAAGUGCCACUGCUGCCCAGAUCUCGGUCACAGCCACACCACUCCUGGGCACGAGGGCGCCGCGUCAGGGUCCAAACUGAAGAGGCCGACGUUCCACUCGAGUCGAGGCUCCCUGACCGGAGAGAACGGAGGAACGCCACACUCUUGUAAACCAUCGAGAACUGAUCCAAAGCGAGGCGCGUCCACAGCCAGCGGGCCGACCAGCCGAGCCGGCAGCCGGGCGGGCAGCAGAGCCAGCAGUCGCCGCGGCAGCGAUGCCUCAGACGCAUCAGAGCUCCAGGACACUCGCUCCGUCUGCUCUGACGCCUCGGACACCCCACGACGACCCGGAGCCAAACCCUCCAAGAUCCCCACCAUCUCCAAAAAGGCCCCCAGCCCAAAGACCCCGGGGUCUACGAAGAAAUAAAUCACAGAGGAUGGACUGUGAACGUCGGCCUUUUAGGGUGUAGCACCUCUUCAACCUGAAGUCCAUCCGACGGCUCGUGUGGAGUCUGUCCACUUUGACUGACAGAUUUUGGGGAAAGA